GUUCUCAGUUUCAGCAGAACUUGAAAGCGUCUCAGAGAAGAACUCAAGAUACCCAAAUAGUUUGACUGAAGACUCUCGUUGAAGAAAUUAUCUGUACGACUGACAAAUCAUGAAGAUAUAUGUGACAUUACUUGUAUGCCUUGCAGUGACAGUUACCUUGGUAACUAGUCUACCUGUACGAGGACAUUCGAAUGGUCGCAUUGAUCCACCACCGAGAGACGUUGAUGAUGAAAUCAAAUCGGACCACCCUCGAGAUGGACCUACACAUAAUCCUGGGGUAGGAAACGGUGCUCCCCAUCAUCCAAAACAAGAAGACAGACCAGAACGUCCAGACGUAGAUGCCGAUGGCGAUACUGAUGGAAUUAUUCGCCGUGAAAAACGCCGUGUUGGUUCAUUCAGAUUACGCCCACAGCAAUCACAACAACCAGAACGUCCCAUUGGAGAUGGUAGUUUAGGGUCGGUGCGUCCUGAGAAGCCAGACGGCGCAGACAGACCAGGCCAACCAGAGAGACCAGACAAACCGGUAGGUGAAGAUAGGCCUGGGCGACCUGACGAUUCAGACAUACCAGAAGGUGCAGUUAAACCAAAGCCACCACUCAGACCCGAGGAGGAGGACUGUGAUGAUGUAGAUGACGAUGAAAUCCCAGAGGAGCCAUUUGUUGGUGACGCCGUGAACAACAAUGAUGACACACAGCGUCGGGGCCAAGGAAGAAGACCUCAUGGAUCGCGUCCCUGCAAACCGCGUCCGAGUGGAAUGCCACCACGUCCAUCCGGUCAUCCUCCACGUCCAUCAGGUCAUCCACCACGUCCAUCAGGUCACCCUCCACGUCCAUCAGGUCACCCUCCACGUCCAUCCGGUCAUCCACCACGUCCAUCAGGCCACCCACCACGUCCAUCAGGUUACCCUCCACGUCCAUCAGAUCUGCCACCACAAUUCACUGACGAGCCAAUAAUUCCAACACAAGAGGAUGAAGCUGGUAUUGGGGGAUUCCAAUAA